UGUACAUGCACGCUCCGACUGAUGCCGCAGUUCUGCACGACACGGAAGCCUUUUCACGCAGAACAUGCGUUGCUUUUGGCCGGAAGUUUUGAAAGGUCUUAUGUGUCCCCGUACACUUUUACUUGCCGCACGUACAUGUACGUUGAGGUUUAAAAGCUACCUUCCAGUGUUGAGUUCAAGCUGAAUGUCUUAGCGCUGGAUUAAAUGUGCGUUCAUGAUUCGACGGUCAGCUGCCACCUAAGCCAAUGACAUGUUUCCACUCGCAAUGACGUCACGUAAGAGUCAGCCAUUUAUUUGCCUCAUCUUUCUCGCUGCUUAUCUGUAUUUGGCACCGGCUCACUACGUCCCCUGCUAUCAAACCCCUUGCCAAACGCUUGCCACAAAACAUCCGACUGUUACAAAUGUAGAAAGUGAAGGGAAGAAGCAAACAAGCACCGAUGUCACCAGCCACGGCGAUCUUUCUCUCACUACGAUGACCGGCAGUGCAUCUCUUAUUGACACCACUGGUCGUAUAGAAGCAGAUGAGGUUGAAGAUACUGCUCGCAUUCAUCACACCACUGCCGAUGCUAUAAAUACUGAUACUUCUAUCAGUAUCAAUAACUUAACUGACUUUGAUGUCGCCAUAGUUACCAACACUACAGAUGAUUUAAAACACACUGCAGCGAUCGAUAGGACAACAUCUAUCAUCAACGACUUUUCCCAAAAGAACGAAAGCAUGUCACGAUUGACAACUGACACACCUGACAACUUCGACAGGGCUACAAGCUGGGAAAGCUCUAAGACAGUCACAGAUAACCAGAACGGUCUCAUUGUAACUACAUCUUCUGUUGCAGACACCUUUAAGCAACUCAACACUCCUGAGAGAAUCGGCACAGUUUCGAGUGUCACACCCACGAUCCGAGCAGAUGUCCUGAGUUCCGCAUAUUUCGAUACCACUAGUCCGCCAUUUACGUCAGCCAGUGCCCACAAAAUCCAACAACCUUCGCUCACUCCCUCAAGCCCCCUGGAAAAUUUGUACUCCCCAGUCUUCUAUGAGGAUAUUUACUAUGCUGACGUAAGCGAACAUGCUCCCGUCGGUACAGUUCUCCUGAUGGUGCAGGCGUUGGACUGGGAUGACGGAGGUGCCGGCGAGAUCACAUACAACAUAUCCAACGGGGCAGAGGAUAUGGGCGGCUUAACGGAUUUCGCCGUGCAUCCGGUGACUGGGGUGGUUGCCGUUGUUGGGGACUUGGAUCGAGAGGCUAAAGGCGUGUACAUGAUUAAUUUGACUGCAACGGAUCAAGGAAAACCAGCAAGGAGUGCUGAGGCCCAGCUGCAAAUCACUCUCUUGGAUGUGAACGACAACGCACCAGUAUUUGUUACGAACAGAUACGAAAUUGUGGUAGACGAGAACACGUACGUAAUGAGUCGCGUACUUCGCGUGAUUGCAACGGACAAUGAUAUAGGCACAAACGGUGUUGUAACCUACAGACUAUCUGGAGACUACAGAAACACCUUUUCCAUCGGUGAAAGAAGCGGGCUUAUCCGUACCCAGCGUUCUUUGGACCGCGAACGGGUAGCAUCGUACAAUUUCCAGGUCAUUGCGUCGGAUCAAGGCACGCCUACACUUCAAACGUCUGUUGAGGUCAUGGUCCUUGUGGGAGACGUCAACGACAACCCACCUAAGUUCCCCAGCACCACUUUCCACCUCAAUGUGACCGAGAACAACCUACCCUUCGGUCUGAUUGGAAAAGUCACCGCCACCGACGCAGAUGAGGGCCCGAACGCGGUCGUGACCUACGCAUUCGUGCAGCAGCGGGCACCGCAGAGGUACUUCCAGAUCGAGCGGAGCACGGGAAUAGUACACGCUCUGUACAGCUUUGACCGCGAGGAAAGAUCUGAGUACCAGGCGGUCAUCCGUGCGUUCUCUGGGAAGCUCUUCACGGACGUCCACCUUGUAGUCCACAUCCACGACAUUAAUGACAAUUCACCCACUGUGCCGUCAACUCAGGGAAUCUUCUAUAGCUUCUACGCUGGAUAUGAUGGUUGCAAUGCUAUCGGGAAAGUAGGUGCACUAGAUAAGGACAGCGGGGACUCCUUAAUUUUCCGUCUCGUUGAAAGAGACAAAAGUGCCGCUGGAGUCAAAGAAAGAAGAAAAACACCGAUGAAUGUCUCAGAGAGGAAUUCUGUCCACGUUCUAGGAAUGAACUUCACCUUGGAUGCCAACACGGGAAUGAUUCAUGCGUGCCACCAGCCGGCUCAGCUCGACCGUAUACCGUCCACAGUGCAACUGAGGAUCGAAGUUUCUGAUGGCCUCCAUAGCAACAUCUGCAGCAGCAUAAUUUAUCCAUCACCAGUCACAGAUCUAUCGCUCAGUCACUGCAUGUUGCUGCGGCUUCGCAUCCGUUCAGACAUCCAGACUUUCCUGUCAAGGUACAGAGAGUUCGUGUCCGCCGUUGCUCGAGUAUUCAGGACGACGGGCGAACUCGUGACCCUCGUUAUUCGAGGGGGCUUUGCCAGACCGUCCAAUGGUGUAGCCAACCCACCAGAACCUCUCAGGGCCCUCCUAGCCGUCAGGCGCCGGGACAAAAGCGUCGUACCGCCAAACGAGCUCCGGUCACUGGUCUACUUGGAGUCAGAGCAGCUACAGGUCUUUGCGGACAUUUUGCCAGACCCCGUGCGACCACAGUGCCGUCUAGUGCCGACCAUGCACGCCGGCGGAGCCAGCAUAGUAUCAGAGGUGGCCCUGGGAUUAUCUUACACUGCUUUCAAUGUGAGCUUCAGAGCCAAUUGUGAGGCAGCUGGAAGGUCUUACAAUUGUGGAGUGGAAACGUGUAGCAUUUACGAAGAAUGCAUUAGUCAAGGUGAAAAUCGACGACAGGCACCCGAAUAUAGUUGCAGGUGUUUAUUUGUCGGUACCACGAACUGUCAGCCUCCCUUCGCAACCAUGAAUUGCUCCGAAGCGGUUUGCAACCACCGUGGAUCAUGCGUGGUUGACGAUGCAGGAGAGGUUAACUGCUUUUGCAGGGACCAGGGCAGAUAUGACGGCCCACGCUGUCAGAUGACUACCCGUACUUUCAAGGAAGGCUCUUACCAGGCACACAUGCCUCUGGGUCGAGUUUUGAGGGAGUUUCACAUAUCACUCAGAUUCAAGACAGUGCGACCCAACGGCCUCCUCCUGUACAACGGUCAGCUGGGCGGGAGGGGCGAGUCCGUGGCACUGCAGAUCCUGGGCGGCAUCUUGCACUUCAGGAGGUCCGGCAGGGCGGAUGCCGGCAGCGGUGGUACUAGCGCAUCUGUUGCCAGGAAUGUCAGCGAUGGGGCGUGGCAUGACGUCUACAUCAAUCACUCCGGCGGGAAUGUUGUGAUGGGAAUAGACAACUGCACCUCAGCGGCGGCCGCCUGGAACGUGAGUUAUGCCGACUCGUCUUGCCUAGGAAUUGGUGUGCAGAGGAAAGUCCCGCGGGCCAAGUUCCUGAACCUCAAUGGGCCACUUUUUCUAGGGGGCAUUCCAUCGUUCGUGAGCGCUGGCCACGUGACCUCGGCCCAUUUCAUCGGCUGUCUCAACAUGGUCCAAUUCAACUCGGCCAUAAUCGACCUCUCAAAUAGACUCAAGAAUGUCGGCACGUCGCCCCGCUGUAAUGAAGAAAGCGACUCUUCCGAGACUUCGGUUACUAGAGUCAAAGUUCCUCGUACGGUCAGAUCCCUGUCAGUGCGUCCGCGGAAACGAACGCUGGUUGUCAAGUGGAUCCCACCCAAAGACAAGUCGGAAGAAGUGAUUGGUUACCAGAUCUCCUACGUCGAAGUGAAUGAAAAUGAUGAUCCAAUAUCGGCCACCAGGUCAGUGAUUAUCAACGGGGCUACCCAGCGAACCUACACUAUCGAGCGGCUCAGUACUGGCACGCGUUACCUGGUAACAAUAAGGGCUUUCUCUGCUGUUGGCUUCGGAGAGUCCGCACGCGACUUUGUGGUGACGAAAAGCAGCAAACCCGGCAAUUAAUAUCUGUCAGAACAUGGGGACUACCCUCUUAACAUACAUCAGUAUGGCUUCUUACUGCUUACUGAAAUAAUAAGCUAACUGCCGGAGGCCAUAUAUCAUAGCUCUUCCAACCUGUCAAAUCUAAGCCGUGUACUUAUCCUGUCCACAUAUCCAUUCUCUGAACCGUUUGAUCAUAAUGGAAAUUUUUCUUGUUUAAAUUACAUGUACUUUAAAAUUACUUUAACUGUAUGUUAAAGUUACAGAUUCUCAUGUUGAAUGAAUAAUCAUGUUUAUACAAAAUUGAAAUGUUUCUGUUUGCACGCACAACAUCACCGACAGACCUAUAGGUUUGGUCAAGAGUGAGCAGUUGAGAGUGCACGAUACAUUUCGGUAGUGUGGACACUCCAAAGUCCCACAACCCGGCAAUAUAAAUCGUUACCUUACAAAGGAACGAAGUCCUUAAACCAGGUGGUGCCUGUCAUUGAACUGUUCAGAUUUAAUUGAUUUCUAAAACAUUCAUGGACUUCAGGUCUCUUGUAGGCCUACAUUAGUAUUCACUGCACACGUAUGUCGCCAAUGGUAAUGCGCGUCACUGAAAAUUUAUUGUUUGGAGUCUUAUCAACCUGUCGUCUAUAGACCUUUUUCACCCACGUGACUAAAUCUAAACAAUACCACCACGUGUGGACAGCCUUGGCCACGGUGAUCGCAUAAUUUAUAUUCCUACAGGCAGUUUCAACCAUGUGCAAGCGCAUGUGCGAACGCUGCAUGCUUGACUAGUUUAUCUUGAAUAGGUAAAUUACCAUUACAACACUAUGCACUCAUUAUCAUCGCAAAACAUCAUAGGUCCUUCACGAUCGUGACAUCACGGGAAAAAGGUCUAUAUAGGGCCUAUUAAUUAUUAAUAAUGCCAAAGUCCUUUCCAUCAGCAACCGAAGGUUAAAUUCAGUCACCCAGUUCAUCAGCCAAGGGAUUUUCUGUUGUAACUGAACCUGAAAUAUUGAGCUCACUAUCACAGUUCGUACCCGAGAUUUGCUCAGCGACUGCCAUUUUACCCAGUCAGUAAACACCCAUAAUAUAGAAUAUCAGUUCAAACAAAUCAAACGUUUGCCGACUCUAUUGGCAUCACAUUACUCAGGUACAAUCCAUCUUUCAACACCAAAGGUAGUGGAACAUCCUAAGAAUCGAUUUGCAUGUUCUGCUAAAUGAGGGUAUAUUCAAUGUAACACAGAGAUGUAUCCCAUUCGCACUGGGGCAGUGCCUCUCUCAAUACAUACGCUGAAAGUCGAUAUACAUGAAUGAACAGUAUCUGGAAUUGUUAAAUUGCUCUGACCCACCUCUGCAAAAUGUUACGUUUGCGAAAUUGCAUUUCAUCUCUCGUUCAGCGGUGCAUGCAACUUCUGGUGUGUGUGUGUGGGGGGGUUCAAAAUCGGUUACAACUUCGGGCUGAUUCAACAUGAUGCUGGCGAGAGAAGAAAUCAAACGCCUUAAGCCGCCUCUCUGUGUGCGCGUCAACACUUGCGCCAAGCGUUGUGUGUCUAUUUGAAUCGCUCCCAGGCGAUUUUGACGACUGCAUGCAACGCACUCGUGUUAUGUUGGAGUCGAUUUUUGUGUCCGUGAAAGUGAAACGCAUGAACGCAUCGUGUACGUAACGCAAGCAAACACCCCCCCCCACCGGGUAUAUGGAAAGGUGUUUGUUUCGUGGUAUUGUUUUCUUAGGGUUAUGGUGCUAAUAAUUGGUAAAUAAGAUAUUUAUAUUAAUAGUUGAUUGUAACAAAACCCGUCGGAGUGCAAGUUGCCCCAUGCUAGAUACACCA